AUGGCCUGUUUUGUCAGGAAACGCGAAGACGAAGGCGGAAACGUCUUCCGGGCAGGUCAUGAUUACACAAGUUGGACAUUGGCCAAGUUGGUCUAUAUCAUCUUUCCACAGCCUCUCAUCAUUGGCUGUACCAAAUUCCCCAACCUACAUACUAUGCCAACUCCUUGCUUUUCACGUCAAGCUGAAUGGGUAGCGAAUCGCGGAUACGCGGACAGCACCCGCUCGCGAACGCCACAAGCCAGUCUUGCGAGAGAGCUUAGAGUGCCGGUACUAGUCUGGCACACAUGCAAUGUAAGCCAUCUUUCUGCAGGAAAGUCAAGCGAGAGUCAGCUGGGCAACGCCAUGCCGGCAAAUCUUUGUCUUUUCUUGCAAAUCUCUUUUGCCGUAGGCCUGCCUUUGGCGACUUUUGGCAAUGCGCGCAGAUCCUUGACGGCGUGCGUGUCUGCAACCCCAAACCGAUCUGAGAGGACUGUUGUAUGGCUUAAUCUGCAUGCGAAUGCACCUUGCGAUCGCUGCUGCACGUUGCGAGGAAGAGGCCAAGCCAGCAUACCGCCAUGGAUUUGCCGGACCCCGCUUGCCCUUGCAUCAGCUGUCUUACUUGGUGCCUGGACAGACACAUUUUAG